GAGACAGACUUGAAAUCUGUUGGGCGCUGCCCGCGCAGGUUCGAACCCUGCUGUCGACGUCCUUUUUUAUUUUUUACUAAUUUUUAGCCCCAAAAAUGGCUUCAAAUUUGACGUUUAGGGCUCUAACCCAGAUUUAUUUUUCAUUCGUGCACUUGGGGAAAUUCUCCAUUUUAUAUUUUCUCGGCGUCCAAACAGAAAAUCAAUAGCAAAGUCAGAAACCCUUGGUUGAUAAAUGGAAGAAAAUCCCACGGUAAGUCCUACAACAACACCAACAAACAGCAGCAACAAAACGACGCAGGAACUUGCAUCAGAGGGUCUAAAACAUCUAGAAGAAACCAUUGAAGCUGCUUUUCAAAUCCUCUCUUCCAUGAACGACGAGCUUUGCAACCCUGCCUUAUGGUCCACCAAUCCUACUACUAAUAACACUACUACUAAUACUGCUGCACCUAACGGUUCUUCUCUCUCCAACGGCGCCGUUUUAGGAAACGGUGAUUCGUCGUCCGACGGUGGACAUCACUUGGAGAUGGGUGGAAUUGGAGGUAGUGGCAAUGGUGCGCUCGAUGAAGCUCGCCUUAGGUAUAAGAACUCCGUCGCUGCUCUUCGCACUGUGCUCACCGCCAUUCCCAAUUCUCAGAAGGCAAAAGCAUUUGAAACGGGUUCAACGGCAACUAGUCCUGCAGAUGAAGCUGAUAUUGAAAAGCUGGAAGAAGAAGCCUCGAAUCUCAGGAAGGAGCUUGCAAACAAGAAUGUAUACGUAAAGCGUCUAAUAGAUCAACUACGGGAGCUUAUUACGGAUGUAUCGACUUGGCAAAGUCCUUGUUCCAUGUAAAGUUUGGACGAUAAAACUGACUUAUCUCAGUUGCCGAAAAGAGUGCCCUAGGAGGUAAAUAUGAAACCAAAUAUCUACAUUGAAUGAUGAUGAUAUAUGGUUUACUUGGAGGAAAAUUACCUGUGAUAGGUGCUAUUUGUGUUAUUUGAUGAUAGUGCUUAAGAGUUUGAAUGAGACAUGACACAUAUACUCACAAGUUACUUAAAUUUGACUACAAAAAAGAUCGAGUUCUGCUCGAUCAUUAUCAAGUUGGGCUUGAGCUUGCUUUAUGGAACUAGUCAAAUUCGAGUAUCCUAAUGCUUUAUUCAACCAGCUUCUUUUGAUUGUUUUGUUUUCUUAUUUUGUAUUAGAACUUGAGCUCGAAGUUGAAGCACAAGUUACUUAUGAUGAUGAUUGGGUAUCGGAUUUCAACUUGUGCUUGAGCUUUUUAUAGCUGGAACUCGAUUUUUUUUUUUUUCUUUUAGUUUCUUGUAAUUGAAUUUGUGUAUAUGCUUCAACCGAAUCUGUAAUGAAUCCAAAAAUUACCCAACUUCGCAGAAACUGAACAGGACAAUAUAAUACAUGAUUCAAACACACUUCUUUCACUAAAAUACUAUUGUUUUAUUGCAUAUUACUUUAACAAAUUUUAAUUGAGAACAUCCAUUUUUUUCUAAACCUGUAAGAAAAUUUAGAGGGUUGAUAGAUAAAAUACAGAAGAGGACCGAGGUUUUCGAGGUCAACCAGUUACGGAUUCGAAGAUCUCGUUGUAAGCGAUGAUCGCAUAUCUACAAUGGCAGACUCGGCAGCUCCCAACUUGAGGGCCUCUUUACUUGCUCGUAUGAACCGGGAAAUAGCCCCUUUGGUGUACUCAUGAG